AUGACCUAUCAACCAUUUUUCGGCGGGAAGAACAAUCGUCCUGCGUUCAGUCACCAAGCCGGGUCUCUUCGACCAAAUCAACCCACCAACGGCCCAGGACCAAGACAUCCCGGAUGGAACGGACAUCCGAACUCCUCCAACUCGCGGAGCUUCAAUCCAAACCCCUCCAACUCGGGGAACUUCAAUCCAAACUCCUCCAAACCGCGGAAAUUCAAUCCAAACCAUCAUAACCAGCGAAACUUCAGUCCCAACUCCAACCCGCGGAACUUCAAUCCAAACCAUCACAACCGCAAUUUCAAUUUGCACCAGCCUGCCAACCGUGGUGGUGCAGAGCGCGUAAGUACCCAGUUCACUCACCUCACCAUUCAUCCCAAUCAAAGGAAAAAGCUAACAGCAUCACAGAACUACCAGCCUGAUUCCCAUCCACAACGAGGAAACUUCCAUCCCCGUCAGAAUCAGCAGUUCCACCAGCCGCUACGUCCCGACCAGCAGCAAGUUGGCCGCUUCAAUAGCCCCAAACAUGGUCGGAGACACAACCAACAGGCCCAUCGCGAAAGCCCAGUAAGUAGUACUUCCGCGUCGGGGGACAGCAUGGCCUCUCCCUCCACCCCGGAUUCCUCAUUCUCUCCAGGCUCAUUCUCAGACAUGUCAGGAGACAUGUACGGGGACUCAUUUUCAGACUCGGACACAGAUUCUAAUAAUUAUUACCAGGCACCAAUUCAAGCUGGCUACCAAGACCUUCGGCGCGUACAAAAUUCUCGCGUUCAACCCCACAGGCAGCGCAAUCGCCAAAAUCAAGUACGUGAAGCCAUAGAGCACUACAUAUUUCGAGUCUAUAAUAACCCGUUCCUGAAGAAAAACCUUCUUUGGGCCCAGUCCAUUGUCAAGGAGAUCGAAAUGCCCGAUGCCGAGGAGAUUGACCCUGACAUCGAAAUGCCCGACGCACCUCCACUUGAGGCUACAUAUCCUUGCAUACCUGAUCCGUUCGAAGAGGGACUUGCUGCCAUGGACCAAAUCUACUUGGGCAUGCUCCAGCACCUCCACACUGUCCGUCAAGGCUACAACUUUGGAUGA